CAGAAACAGUGUGAUUUUAACGUUGUUACUAAUGUUGUUGUUACUGUGCCUUUAAGGAGGCGGGUACUAGGCUCAAUCUCCUAAACUUUCGUUGCACCGAGUACUUGCCGUGUGUUGCUGCCGCUUCUGGGAUUUUAUUGCAAAAUGGUGUCACGGUUGUUGCGCCCUGGCCGGGCCCUACCCGGUAUGGUGUUGGGCUUAGGCCUAGCGAUGGCUGCAGCUCGAAUAACAGAAGACGAGGCUGAGAGAAAAAGGAAAGGCCCCGGAGACUACAGUAGAGCCAUCGAGAGAAGCCAGGAAUUUCUGAGGAGGAUAAAGGAUGAGGUGGGAUCUCCUGGAAUUGUGGUGGGUGUUUCAGUGGAUGGAGAAGCAGUGUGGACAGAAGGACUAGGGCUUGCCGAUAUUGAGAAUAGAGUGCCAUGUGCAGCAGAGAGUGUUAUGCGUGUAGCCAGCAUCAGCAAAUCUUUCACAAUGGCAGCCUUGGCAAAGCUUUGGGAGGAGGGCAAGUUGGACCUUGAUGCACCAGUGCAGCAGUAUGUUCCAGAGUUUCCAGAGAAGGAGUUUGAAGGAGAAAAGGUAAAAAUAACUACAAGGUUAUUGGUCUCACACCUAAGUGGGAUUAGGCACUAUGAGAAGGACAUCCAUAAAGUCAGGAAGAAAAUAUCCAAGAAAUCUUCACAGCCUGAAUCCAAGUUCACAGUGAGUACUACUGAGAUGUCAGGUGAUGUAAGGGAAGCCUUAAAUGAUGGAGUUUCCAAAUAUGAAGCAAAAUGUGGAACCAAGGAGCAGGAUAUUUCUGGGGCACAGAAAGAUCAGAAGGAUCAAGUGGAGGAAUUUUAUAUCAAGGACAAGUUUGAGACUGUGAUAGAUGCACUGGAGCUUUUCAAAAAUGAUCCUUUGGUCUUUAAACCAGGGACACAGUUCCUUUAUUCCACACAUGCCUGGACCUUGCUAAGUGCUGUAGUGGAGCGGGCAUCUGGGCAAAAGUUCUUGGAGUAUAUGAAGCAGAUGUUCAAGGACAUGGGGAUGAAGGAAACCGUGGCAGAGGAACAUGAACCUAUUAUUUAUAACAGAGCAAGGUUCUACGCAUUUAAUGAUAAGAAACGUCUGACAAAUGCACCGUAUGUAGACAAUUCAUGCAAAUGGGCAGGAGGAGGAUUCCUUUCAACGGUUAAUGAUCUUCUGACUUUUGGCAAUGUUUUGCUAUACAGCUAUCAGGCUUCUACUCCAUCUUCUCUUCUGCCAGGGUUUCUGAAAAGAGACACCAUGUCAAUGGUGUGGAAACAAGUCCACAAUACUGAGAUGUCCUGGGACAAGGAUGGCAAGUAUGCUAUGGGCUGGGGAACAGUAGAACAGAAGCAGGAAUGUGGUUACUGCAAGCAUCAGAAUCAUUAUGUGUCACACACCGGAGGGGCAGUAGGAGCUAGUAGUGUCAUACUCGUCCUGCCUGAAGGGGAAAAUACCAUUCAUUUGACAAAUAAAAGGACACCACCACCAAAUGGGAUUGUGGUAGCAAUAAUAUGCAACAUGCAGGGUGUUGGGCUCAACAGUACAGCACUGAAGAUUGCACUCGAGUUUCAGAAAGACAUUAAGACAAUAUGUUCAUGAAAAUCUGUUUUUGCCAGUCCUUCGACAGUUAAUGGUGCUUAUUAAUUUGCCAUCACUAUGCUCUAACAGUGGCGGACAUUGACUUUAGAAACCAGCACAAUUUAAGCCUGUCCAUUCAUUCAUUUUGAUACAGUAGUAAUCUUUCAGAAUUCUGUAACUGAAAAUAAAGGUAAGGCCAACAUUAUAGAUACAUUUUUUAUUAUAGGUGAAUUAGAAGUUUAUUACGUUCAGAAACAUGUAGAUGUUUCCAUGCCUUUGCAGAACUUUCAGCUGGGUGAAUAUGAACUUGCUUAUCACUAAUGUCUCUCUAUAUUAUAUGGUUGACUUACUACUACUGUAUAAGCGUUACAGCUUUCUGGUUUGCAUAAAAGAGUUGUAGUUAAUUUCUCAAAUUGGUUUAGACUAAAAAAUAGGAUGAUAUGGUAAAAUAAUCCAAAUGAUGAUAUUUUAUGAAAACCUGCAUACAGUAUCUCCAUGUAUGUUGCUAACUAUUUUCAUACAGGAGAAGCUUCCAUGUAUUUUAGCUGCUGUUCCCAUUUUAAGUCUUCAUUCAAUUAAAUAUUAAAUGGCAA